GUCAAUAAAGCCCAGUAGCAGACCUUUUAGCUUGUAAUUUCCAUCUCUAUACUCUGACCUGCUCCCUUGUGAUGUGGCAGAACAAGUCAACCACUUGGAUGGAUGCCUGUACUCCGACAGCCCAAAGAAUGGAAGAAGAGGAACUGCUGAAGGAAAGAUUUCAGGCCAUCACAGACAAGAGGAAACUGCAGGAAGAAAUCACUCAGAGACGCCUUAAAGUAGAAGAAGAGAAGCUAAAGCACCAGCAUUUAAAGGGCUUUGUAGAUACCGGGAACUGGGAGACAUAACAAGUCUUGACUCAAGAUGUUCUUUGAGGGAAAAGCAUCAUCCAUUUGGAAAAAAGCUCUGCGUGAGAAAUGGCUCUGGGAUGGAUUAAGUACACUUACUCCAGAAGAACAAGAAGAACUGCAAAACCAGCAUCGAGAGGAUCAACACCAAAUUAAUAAACUGGAACAAAAUAUCCGCAGGCUUGAGAAAGAAAUUGAAGAUAUUGAGAAAGAAGAAUUGACAAUCUCAGCAAAAGAAAAGGCCAUUUUGAAGAAGCUUAAAUCUGUUGAAAGGACCACAGAAGAUAUUAUAAAGUCUGUAAAAGUGGAAAGAAUAGAGACUACAGAAGAGCCAGCUGACUACAUAUAUGCCAACAUACCAGACCUUCCAAAACCUUUCAGACCUUCUGCACUUAAAAAGACAGGCCAUCUACAAACAGAUGAUGAAGAAGAAAAUCGAAGAGCAUUGUUUGCUAUGGAAAUUAAAGUAAAAAAAGACAUGAAGACUGGGGAGAGCACAGUUUUGUCAACAAUACCACUUCCCUCAGAUGAAUUUAAAGGAGCAGGAGUCAAAGUGUAUGAUGAUGGCAGAAAGUCUGUUUAUGCAGUGUGUGCCAAUGGGAGCAUCAAGAAUGAUGAUGUGAAUGACCUUGCCCCAGUUGAAGUGGAAGAUCUCUUAAGACAAGCAACUGAGAAACAAUCUAAGUCUCCCACAGAGUAUCAUGAGCCAGUAUAUGCUAACCAGUUUUGCAGACCCAGAACUCCUCAGAAAGAUAAAUUCAUCCAAGAAGCAAAUGGUGGAAAAGACAACACCCAGAAUAAGAUCAGCCAUCUUGACAAUAUUCCUAAUGAACUUGUUGAUAAGGACAAAUGGCAUGAAGUUGAAAAAGAUGAUCUAGAUACUUCAAAGAGCUGCCAGCAGAACUCUCACUGUCCAGUUAUUCAACAAUUAGGAAGGCCUCUACAGAUUAGUCCUCAAAAUAAGCUAGUAUCUUCUGUUCAAAGAGAAUCUACACAAGAAGCUGUUCAGCCAUAUCAAAAGAUGAGGGAGUACCAAGAUAUAAAGAUCAGAAACUCUUCUCUGGUAACACCAGAGAGUGAGGAUAAUUCUAAUUAUAGUGUGGUCCAAGCUGUGCCAUGUUAUGUGGAUGAUACAGAAGAACCUGUUACAAUGAUUUUCAUGGGAUACCAACAUGUGGAUGAUGAAGAACUAAAUAAAAAAAUCUGUGGAUAUGAUGGGAUUAUCCAUGCAGAACUUGUUGUCAUCAGCGAUGACAGUGAAGAUGAAGACAGAAAAACUGAGACACCUCUUUAUCAUCCCGUGGGUCCUUAUAGCCAGGUCUAUCAGCCAUCCAAUCAGACAUGUGCAGUUUCACAGACUAAAACUUUUGGAGACAACAUAAACAAGCCACUUUACAAAAAUUCCAUGUCACUGAAAGAACAAGAAGAAAGCUUGAGCUGUUCAACCUUCAAUGGUCAACUUGACGACCACUUAGCAAGUGAUGGAACUGAAGAGCCUUCCUUAACAGCUCUGAGAAUGAGAAUGGCAAAACUGGGGAAAAAAGUGAUUUAAACAGCUGCAGUGAUAUAAUACUAAAAGUCUGGCAGUUUAACAAAAGCAAAAGAAGAAUUUUCUAUUUUGGACCUGGGUAGUUUUUACUUACUCAACUAUACAUCCACAGGAAUAAUGGCACUUUACAGGGAAAUGAAUGUUUGCCAGUCCAGAUAUUCACUCUGAACCAUAAUGAGUAUUUUAAAAAAGGUCUGUCCCUCCAAUAAUUACUAGUGGCAUUUGUUAGGAAUUUGUCCGCCUUGUUAUAUUUUAUAGGAGCUGAAGAGCCAGUGUCAUGAAAACAAAUGCAUCUAGAGUUUUGUUGAAGGAGUCUUGUCCGUCUCCUUCUCUAACUGACCACACUGAAACCAGGAAUAUAAGACAUGAACUGAUUUUUCUAAUCCCUAUUAGGCUAUAUUCCAUUACAGCAGUGUUUUUCAAACUUGGCAGAAGCGCUCCCCGUGCAUGUGUAUGCUAUCAGAAGCUGAUGACCUCAAGCAUAUCCAGCAGAAGGAAAAGCUUUGCCACUUACCAGCUCUUCACUGUAAGGAAUAAGAGCCUUAUUAUGGCUUGUGGAAAAA